UAUAAUUAUACACGUGUGGUCAUUUGAGUUGCGUGUGCGCAGUCUCAGAGAAGAUGCUGAAAGCAGUGGGUAUCACUGUCGGUGUGGUCGCCGUACUAGGCUUGAUUGCAGGGUUAAUUACCUGGGGGGUACUUGCGUCCCGAGGCCCCCCUCCACCGGACCCUCCAGAGCUGAUCCCCCUGGACUGGUGGCAACACUGCGUCCUGUACCAGAUCUACCCGCGGUCUUUCAAGGACAGUGAUGGCGACGGUAUUGGUGAUUUGCAAGGCAUCAUCAGCGAGCUAGAGCAUUUCGUCGACGCCGGAGUGGAUGCAAUAUGGAUGUCUCCGAUCUUCAAGUCGCCCAUGGUGGACUUCGGCUACGACAUCAGCGACUUCUACGACAUUCAUGAUGAAUACGGCACCAUGGAGGACUUCCAAGAGUUGUUGGAAAAGGCUCAUGAGCUUGGCCUUAAAGUCCUUUUGGACUUCGUUCCGAACCACGCCAGCAACGAAUCAGAAUACUUCAUAAAGUCUGAAGCUAGAGAUCCUGAGUAUGAAGACUUCCUCGUUUGGGCGGACGGUCUGCCUGAUCCUGAUAAUGAGAGCAAUAUACUUCCACCUUCCAAUUGGGUAAGCCAAUUCGGUGGUUCAGCCUGGGAAUGGAGCGAGAAACGUGAGCAGUACUACCUUCAUCAAUUCGCCAUUCAACAAGCCGACUUCAACUUCAGAAAGCAAGCCGUGAAGGAUGAGAUGAUUAAUAUAAUGAGAUUCUGGCUUGACAAAGGAGCUGAUGGCUUCAGAGUGGAUGCGCUGCCUUACCUCAUCGAAGCAGACCCAGCUGAUCACGGAGGCAGAUAUCCUGAUGACCCACUAAGUGGCCGCACAGAAUUUGAGUCUCAUCAACUAGGGUAUACAAUCCCACUGUACACAAAAGACCUGAUUGAAUUGUAUGAUGUUGUUUGUGAGUGGAGAGACUUUGCUGACGAGUAUCUUGAAGAAUAUGGAGGAGACACUAGAGUGUUGUUCUCUGAGGGUUACGCCAACGUGUCGAUGACGAUGCUGUACUACGGUCUUGGCGGGAACCUUAACGGCGCUCACUUCCCCUUCAACUUCGACUUCAUAACGGACUUGUCUCGAGACUCCACGGCUCCAGACUUUGUCUAUAUUAUUCUCAGGUGGCUCACCUACAUGCCUUAUGGAGGCGUUCCUAACUGGGUGUUUGGAAACCACGACAACAACAGAAUGCCGACUCGCUUCCGUGACAAUAUGGUAGAUGGUCUGAACUCUCUGAACAUGCUGCUACCAGGAGUGGCUGUCACCUACCAGGGCGAGGAGAUCGGCAUGAAGGACGGAUAUGUUUCUUGGGAAGAUACCGUUGAUGUUGAAGCUUGCAACAGAGGAGACGAAGACACGUACCACCUGUACUCCCGCGACCCUGCGCGUACGCCCUACCAUUGGAACAACUCCACCAGUGCUGGCUUCUCCACCAGCGAGGAUACCUGGUUACCAGUUGCCGAGGACUACGUCACUCUUAACCUCGCUCAGCAGAAGAUUGAUGAUAGGAGUCAUUAUAAGGUCUACCAAGCCUUAACACAACUUCGCAAAGAAGAAACCCUUUCACACGGGGAGUACGACAUCAGAGCUCUUUCUGAAAGGACUCUGUUCCUCGUGAGGAGCCUAUCAACUCAUGAUACCCUGGUACUUCUAUUCAAUGUGUCUGAAGAUAGUGAUACGAUAGACUUGGGGAGAGUGACGCAUUUGACGUUACCAGCUACUGUGUAUGUGGCUAGUAUUCAUUCAGCGAGGAAUUCAGGGGCCGUAAUAGAAAACAGUGAACUCACUUUGCAAUCUGGAGAAGCGUUGGUGCUGAGAGCGCCACCAGUUUAGAUGUAAUUUUAUAAAAUAAGUAGGUACUAGAAUAAAAAUCGAGGCUAAGAAAAAUGGUCUACUUUCAAAACUUUCAACAACCCCAAAGAAGACUUUAUAUAUAUUUAAAAAAAAAUCUUUCAAAAUUUUUCGGAAAAUUAUAAUUUUCUAUGUAAGUAGAGCAUUCUGUAAAUAUGUUAUUUAAUUUACGUUUAGUGUUCAGUGAUAAUUUAUAAGCUAUUUAUAAAACCGUUUAAUAAAUAAAAUAUAAAUGAAUCUUAAUUA